AAGCGCGCUUGGUUUAGGCACUCAAACAUAAGCUAAUCGCCCAUUUGGCGGCAUCAGAUAAACACACAACUUAUGUUGUGAAUCGGUAACAUUAGUUACACUAAAACUGCAACGACUAAAGAGUAGACACAAAAGUUCCUCUGAGCAGCGUCCUCGAUGAAUGUUGGAUCUCAAAUGAGCCAUCAUCAUAUGAUUGCAGUGUGAAAAUGUUUGCAAGGACCACAGCAGAGUACGUGGAGGAAGAGGACCAUAGUCGUCGACGACUGGAAGAUGUUUGGCUGCAGCCAUAUGUUGUGUUACGCAGAGUUGACAUUAGUGAAGCUAUUCGUCCUAAGCAGCAGGAGCCAGAGCGCACGUGCAUUAAAGAGGAAGAUGUGGGCAAAGAGGUCCACCACAUGAAUGAACAAAUGGUGCAGGAGUUUCUUUGCACCGUAAAAGAGGAGGAAGAGCCAGAGCGGGCUUGUAUUAAAGAGGAAGAUGUGGGCAAAGAGGUCCACCACUUGAAUGAACAAAUGGUGCAGACGUUUCUUUGCACCAUAAAAGAGGAGGAAGAGCCGGAGCGGACUUGUAUUAAAGAGGAGGGAGAAGACUCCUGCGACAUUAAAGAGGAGGAGGAUACCUUCAAUAUGCCAUUGACCGGAGUUCCUGUGAAGAGUUUAGAUGAGGGUCAACAGGAGGUGAGCAAAGAGGCGGAGCCGCCAAGCUGCAGCUCAAGUCAACAAAUGACCAGAGAAGGUGAUGGAGACCACUGUGGAGGAUCACAAGCAGCUCCACCAUCAAAAAGUGAUGACGUGACGAAAAACUAUUCCUGCUCAGAUUGUGGCCAAAAUUUCUCUCGGGGGGAACAUUUAAAAAGGCACACAAGAACCCACACUGGAGAGAAACCUUUUUCAUGCUCGGUUUGUGGCCAAACAUUUACUCGAAGUGGAAGUUUAAAAACGCACACGAGAAUCCACACUGGCGAGCAACCUUUUUCAUGCUCAGUUUGUGGACAAAAAUUCUCUCAGAAGGGACAUUUAAUUUUGCACACAAGAAUCCACACUGGCGAGAAACCUUUUUCAUGCUCAGUUUGUGGCCAAAAAUUCUCUUGUGGGGGACGUUUAAAAAGGCACAUGAGAAUUCACACUGGAGAGAAACCUUUUUCAUGCUCAGUUUGUGGGCAAAAAUUCUCUAUGGGGGGACAUUUAAAAAUGCACACAAGAAUCCACACUGGUGAGAAACCCUUUUCAUGCUCAGUUUGUGGCCAAAUAUUUGCAUUGAAGGGAGCUCUAACAAUUCACACAAGAAUCCACACUGGUGAGAAACCCUUUUCAUGCUCAGUUUGUGGCCAAAAAUUCUCUCAGCAGGGACAUUUGAAAACGCAUACAAGAAUCCACACUGGAGAGAAAUCAUUUUCAUGCUCAGUUUGUGGCCAAAAAUUCUCUCGGAGGGGAAAUCUAAAAAGGCACACAAGAACCCACACUGGUGAGAAACCUUUUUCAUGCUCACUUUGUGGCCAAAUAUUUGCAGGGAAGGGAGCUCUAACAAUUCACACAAGAAUCCACACUGGUGAGAAACCUUUUUCAUGCUCAGUUUGUGGCCAAUUAUUCGCUCGGAAUGAAUACUUGAUAAAGCACACAAGAAUCCACACUGGUGAGAAACCUUUUUCAUGCUCAGUUUGUGGCCAAAAAUUCAGCCAUAAGGGAACUCUAACAAUUCAUACAAGAAUCCACACUGGCGAGAAACCUUUUUCAUGCUCAAUUUGUGGCCAAAGAUUUGUAGUGAAGCAAAGCUUAAAAAGUCACAUAAGUCUCCACACUGACAAGAACCCUGUUGCCUGCUCAGCCAAAGAUAAUUCCGAGUGUGUUGGGGAGAUGAGCAACGAUUCGUGAAGUAUUCACCUUCUAUUUGAGCAGACUUCAUGAGUUUUU